UCCGGUUGUUUACUUUGUUUCUUCAAGAUGGAGGACGAGUUGGAAGUUGACAUCGAGGGCGACGAGUUUGAUACUAAUAAAAGUGAGCACGGUGGAGCGGGUUUAGUACAGGAGCAGCUCCUGCAGUCUGCCUGGAGUAGCGACGCGGGAAUUCUUCCCUGGGAGUUGGACAAUACCAUCAGUGAUGAAAACCGAGAGGCGAUACAGAGGAUGCUACUGGAGGAGCAAUACUAUUUGAAAGGCCAGGAGAUACCCGGUGAUAUUUGGUCGAGUGAUGCCAACAGCAAGCCCAACUUGAAGAAGUCUCCAGCCAAGACGGCAAGCUUCUCCUCUUCUCGAUGGUCCAAACAGGAGAAAGAUUUAUUUGAAGAGGGACUGGCUCAAUUUGGACGAAGAUGGACAAAGAUCGCCAGGCUGGUGAGGAGUCGCACCGUCCUUCAAGUCAAAAGCUACGCCAGGCAAUAUUUUAAACACAAGGCUAAAUUAGCACCCGGUGUUGCGGCUCCCUCGGCAGGCCCUACGUCGUCCUUUCAGCCUGCUCAGCCCACCUCCAGCUGUACUGCCGCCUUGGCAAACACGGUGCGCAUUGAGAGACUGGUUGGAGAUGAGGAUGAGGAGGUGGACAUCACCGAUGACGACGGCAACGAGGAAGAGUCUGAGCGUCAGGUCAACAGUCCGAGCAGUCCACCACCAGCACCUCCUCCGUGUCACCUCCCAGAGGAGCUGGAAGAUGAUGAGCGAGAUGAGGAGGACAAAGCAGACUGCAAGCGAGUGGAGGAGGAGGUGAACGAGCAAGAGGAGGUCAAAGGUGAUGAAGCUGUGGAAGGGGAGAAUGAUGAUGAUGACGACGACGACGAUGAGGAGCUUAAGGCCCCUGAGCAGGAAGUCGUGUUGGACACGGAGAUCAUCAGCGAGGACGAGAAACAAGCCAUUCCUGAGUUCUUUGAGGGACGUCCUUCCAAGACCCCGGAAAGAUAUCUGAAGAUCAGAAACUACAUUUUGGAUCAGUGGCUGAAGAGCAAGCCAAAGUACUUGAACAAGACGUCAGUUCGGCCCGGCCUAAAGAACUGUGGCGACGUCAACUGCAUUGGGAGGAUACACACCUACCUAGAACUCAUCGGGGCCAUAAAUUUCAACUGUGAACAAGCGGUGUAUAAUCGACCGAGAGUGGUAGAUCGCUGCAAGCACAAGGAGGGUAAAGAUGUGCUGGAGGCCUACCAGCUCGCACAAAGACUGCAGAGUAUGCGGACCAGGAAGCGGCGAGUGCGGGACAUGUGUGGAAACUGGUGCGACGCCAAACACAUGGAAGGACAGACCUAUGAGCAUCUGAGCACAGAGGAGCUAGCUUUGCGUAGAGAGCGGCUGGCGAUGCAGCCUAAAGCCUGCAAGAUGUCUCGACACAAAGGGUCUUUUGAUCCUUUCCAGCUCGUUCCAUGCAGGUCAUUUGGAGAAGACGUGCAGGAGCCAUUCCGCGUCAUUGUGUGUGCUGAGACGCUUCUCAUUAUGGACAUGCAUGCUCACGUGUCCAGAGGUGAGGUCAUUGGUCUGCUUGGUGGAACUUUCAACGAGGGCGAGAAAGAAUUGAAGAUCUGUGCAGCGGAGCCCUGCAACAGCGUCAGCACGGGGCUCCAGUGCGAUAUGGACCCGCUGUCUCAGACGCAGGCCUGCGACGUGCUCUCCUCCCUGGGCUUCAGCGUGGUGGGCUGGUACCACUCCCACCCGUCCUUCCAGCCCAACCCGUCCGUGCGAGACAUCGACACUCAGGACCAGUUCCAGAGUUAUUUCUCUCGUGGCGGCGCCCCCUUCAUUGGGAUGAUCGUGAGUCCGUACGACCCGGCCAACCCUUCCCCGCAUUCCCAAACAACCUGCUUGUUGGUGAAGGAGAGCCAGGAGCCGUUCGGAAUGCAAAAGCUUCCUUACAAAUUUGACUUCCUGCCAUCACAAGACAUCCCUGACUGGGAUCAGACGCUGCGGAGAGCACUGUGGAUCAUCCAGAAAUAUUCCCAAACAGCAGGGAGCGUGCACAUGGACAGAUUCUUCCGCAGGGGCUCACACCUCACCUGUUUGGAAAAGAUGCUGUCGUCGAUGGCCAGGUCACUGGAGCCCUUACAGGAGUCGGAGGGCGAUGCCUUCCUCACACACGUCCAUUCUCUCUUCCUGUCCGACUUCAUCGCCAAACAGCAGCAGGAAAGCGGGCCGUCGAUAAAUGAUUUGUCCUCGGACGGCGACGAGGAGUCUGGCCAACGGGCCAACGCGCAACAGGACACAAAAUCGGAGACGGACAACCCCACCGUGUUGCAUCUGGGCUCGGUGCUGUCAACAGAGCACGACUAUUUACUGUGAUGCACUUCAUCAGGUCAUGGUAAGCAGUUUGCCUUCUGGACAACCGAGGCCAAAAGGCUGGUGAAGGGAGAGCUACCACCUGUGUUCAGGUGCCUCGACAGAGGGGCCUCACGACUCCACAUCCACCGCACCUUCAAGCAGUCUGUGAUCGCCCUGAGGCUAAAAAGGCGGCGGUGGACUUCAAUGUGCAUUCACAAGGAGCUGAGCGGCAUUUGAUGGUAGUUUUUCAAAUUGUUUACGUUUUUCUCAUCAUUACUGCUAAAAUUAUUAAACGGCGCUCAGCCGCAAACACCUUUUGUUAGGAUUAUUCUCAGAAAUAGUAGGACUUUUGAUUGAUUGAUUGAAACUUUUAUUAGUAGAUAGUACAGUACAUAUUCCAUACAAUUGACCACUAACCCGAAUAAGUUUUUCAACUUGUUUAAGUCAGGGUCCACGUUAAUGAAUUCAUGGUAUACACACACCACCAAGCUUGCUAGCUUUUUUCUAGCUCUAGGACGGGGGUCAGCAACCCGCGGCUCUUUAGUGCCGCCCUAGUGGCUCCCCGCAUCAUUUUUUAAAAAGGAUUGAGAAUAACAAUAGCAAACAUUUUAAGACCUCGAGAUUGGAAAAUACAUGAGAAAUUAAAGGCCUACUGAAAGCCACUACUACCGACCAUGCAGUCUGAUAGUUUAUAUAUCAAUGAUGAAAUCUUAACAUUGCAACACAUGCCAAUACGGCCGGGUUAACUUAUAAAGUGCAAUUUUAAAUUUCCCGCGAAACUUCCGGCUGAAAACGUCUAUGUAUGAUGACGUAUGCGCGUGACGUCAAUGGUUGAAACGGAAGUAUUCGGACACAUUGUAUCACAAUACAAACAGCUGUUUUCAUCGCAAAAUUCCACAGUAUUCUGGACAUCUGUGUUGGUGAAUAUUUUGCAAUUUGUUUAAUGAACAAUGGAGACUGCAAAGAAGAAAGCUGUAGGUGGGAUCCGGGUAUUGGCGGCUGGCUGCAGCAACACAACCAGGAGGACUUUGAGCUGGAUAGCAGACGCGCUAUCCGACGCUAGCCGCCGACCGCAUCGAUGAUCGGGUGAAGUCCUUCGUCGCGCCGUCGAUCGCUGGAACGCAGGUGAGAACGGGUGUUGAUGAGCAGAUGAGGGCUGGCGUAGGUGGAGCGUUAAUGUUUUUAUCAUAGCUCUGACGAGGUCCUGUAGCUAAGUUAGCUUCAAUGGCAUCGUUAGCAACAGCAUUGCUAGGCUUCGACAGGCGGCACAGCAUUAACCAUGUGGUUACAGGUCCAGUGUUUGGUUCGGUGUCUCCUGAUAGUAGUAUUGUUGGUCUUCUGUCUGUCCUUCCAGUCAGGGGCUUAUUUCUUUUGUUUCUAUCUGCAUUUAAGUACGAUGCUAUCACGUUAGCUCUGUAGCUAAAGUGCUUCACCGAUGUAUUGUCAUGGAGAUAAAAGUCACUGUGAAUGUCCAUUUCGCGUUCUCGACUCUCAUUUUCAAGAGGAUAUAGUAUCCGAGGUGGUUUAAAAUACAAAUCCGUGAUCCACAAUAGAAAAAGGAGAAAGUGUGGAAUCCAAUGAGCCCUUUUACCUAAGUUAUGGUCAGAGCGAAAAAAGAUACGUCCUGCACUGCACUCUAGUCCUUCACUCUCACGUUCCUCAUCCACAAAUCUUCCAUCCUCGCUCAAAUUAAUGGGGUAGUCGUCACUUUCUCUGUCCGAAUCGCUCUCGCUGCUGGUGUGAACAAUGGGGAAAUGUGAGGAGCCUUUCAACCUGUGACGUCACGCUACUUCCGGUACAGGCAAGGCUUUUUUUAUCAGCGACCAAAAGUUGCGAACUUUAUCGUCGAUGUUCUCUACUAAAUCCUUUCAGCAAAAAUAUGGCAAUAUCGCGAAAUGAUCAAGUAUGACACAUAGAAUGGAUCUGCUAUCCCCGAUUAAAAAAAAAAACAAUUUCAUUUCAGUAGGCCUUCAAGUUCCAAUUUGAGGUAGGAUCUUUUAAAUAGUGUCUUACCAAUUAAUCUUGAAGGUGUUGUUCAGUGUAGUAAAAUCCAGAAAAUGUAGACCAUCCUUACUGUUAUUGUUCAUUAGAACAGAUUUCUUAAUAUAAUAAAUGUUGUU